UUCAAAAUUGCAGAAUGUCUUUUUUAGAUUCAAGCGUUCGACAGAUCUUAGAACUCCUGGUUCCCGAGUUCCAGGUACACAAGCAACAAAACUCCCAUCCAAUUGUCCUCGGUAUCACUGGCCUACAGGGCAGCGGGAAAUCAACAUGGGCUGCUGGGAUUUUCGAUAUGCUCAUCUCACAACAUGGGCUUCACGCCAUCACGGUCUCUCUAGACGACAAUCUUAUAUUGAGAAGAAAUCAGAACCCAGAGAACAAGCUCUACAGAGUUCGCGGCCAGCCAGGGACUCACGAUCAGUAGCUUGCCCAUGAUACGAUACAGGUAUUACGAUUUUGGGACGACACCAACGCACAUGGCGUGAAGAUUUCUGUAUUUGACAAGAGUGGCUGGGUUUCUGCGACGCUUGGACAAACAGCAGAAAAGAAGGCGGUGUCUUUGUCGAUCGUCAACGUGGAUGCUAAUGCGAGUUAUAUCUACACGGCAUACCUCUACCCUAAAAGCGACGGGCCGAAAUAUCUCACUGCAAUGGCGAGCAACGCUGCUUUUGCACUCAUGACGAUCGGGUGCGCCU